AUGGCACAACCACGGGAUGCAGAAGAACAGCGAAUAAAUAGGCUCUUUGGUUCCUACCUCUACAUCUUCCCCUCCCUCCUUAUCUUCACCGGCAUAGUCCGCACGCUCUACACCGCCUACCGCAGCCACCACCUCCCGCGCACCGACCCCGAAUCGCGCACCCCCAACCGCCGCGUCUACCCCCCCAGCGCGCUCUCCAACCGCUUCUCGCGCUACAUAAAGUACCCCGCGCUCUUUGGCAACCGCCACUCGCAGCCCAUCGGCUGGUACACCUUCCCGACAAGGCUCGAGGCCCUGCUCGUCGGCAUAUACUGGUUUAUCAAUAUAUCAUUCCUGUUUGUCAAGCACGGCAACGCCGACAACGGUAUCGAUGGCUCAAAGAUCCUGGCGGACCGCGCGGGAGUGCUCUCGCUGUGGAAUAUGCCGAUCUUCUUCCUGCUGGCGGGGAGGAACGACUUUUUGGUGUGGCUGACGGGGUGGUCGUAUGGAACGUUUCAUGUGUUUCAUAAGUGGGUUGCGAGGGUGUCGGCACUGAUGGGGAUGGUUCACUCGGUGGCGUAUGCGGUGUAUAUGUAUCAGAUUGGUGAUGAGGCGCGAAGAUGGAAUCCGGCGUAUUGGUGGAAUGGUGUUUCGGCUAUGAUAGUGAUGGGAUUGAUUCUCGUGUUGGCUAUAUUUCCGUUCCGGAAGAAGGCCUACGAGUUUUUCCUCAUAACGCAUAUCAUUGGCGUGAUGGUAUUUCUGAUAUUUCUCUACCACCAUCUAAAGCUCUCCGCAACACGCAUGUACAACCCAUGGCUCUGGGCCUGCAUUGCCAUGUGGGCCUUCGACCGCUUCACCCGCCUCCUCCGCAUCCUCAUCCUCAACUACGGCGCCUUCUCGCGCAACCCGCAGAACCACCACAUGGCCCGCGCAAAGUUCGUCAAGGGCACCGACGUUAUCCAGCUCACCGUCUACCCCUCCGCCGAGGACGUGAACUACUUCCCGGGCGCCCACUACUUUGUCUUCCUGACCGGUACCUGGCGCUUCUGGGAAUCGCACCCAUUCACUGCCGCGGCGUGGCGCCCGAGCGGACCAAUGAUGCCCGCCUAUAACGCGGCCGACAUCCACAAGAUCAAGCGCAGCUUAUCGGGCUCACUGAAGAACUCGUUGAAGGAACCAAGACUGCCGCCGAGGGUGCGCACAGCGGAUUUGAAGAAGGAGAUGGGACACCUGACGACCGUAAAGGAGUUGGGUCCGUUCGAGGAGGUUGGGGAGCUCAAGGAGCUCACGGCGCCAAAGGCAAAGCGCCAGGAAAAGGCUAUUUACAUUGUCAAACGGCCCGGCCAAGGAGUCAUCAUCAUGGCCGAUAACGUGAAGCCGCAGACGCCCGCACCCCCGGAGCGGAAGAAGAGUGCCAAGCGCUCUGCCUCGCAGCGGAGUAAGAGCGGUUCUAGGAAGCCUCACCGUAGCGGCUCUAAGAACUCGCGGGAUGGAUCCAAGAUCUCCCGUGACGGUUCUAAGCUCUCGCGUGAUGGCUCCAAGAGCUCUCGUGACGGCUCUAAGAUCUCGCGCGAUGGCUCCAGGCGCUCCCGUAAGGGUUCAGAAGGCGGCACCGACCGCAGCUCCGAGAGCGAGAAGUCCAGCGAAAGCGGCAAAUUCUCGCAGAGCGAGACGCUCGCUAUGAGCGGCGGCCAUGGCAGCGGCGGCGGGUGCGGCGGCGGUACUGCGGAUGGCAGCCACCGCGGAGGAGGAGGGCAGUCGGAGAGAUCCGACGAAGACUUCCCGGAGGAGGAGAAGACGGUGUUUGGCAGCGAGAGCGAGAAGACGACUGCAAAGGUGACGGUCACGUCGUCGCAGUUCGAGGACGAGGAAGAGGAGGAGGACGACUACCGGAUGGUGAUACGCCAGGGCGUGCCCAGCACCCAUGCCAGUACGGUGCGGAGGGGCAAGCAGCGCCCGAAGCUGACCUUCUUCAUCAAGCCGCGCAAGGGCAUGACGGCCACGCUCGCGGAGCGCAUCCGCGAGCACGAGCGCCAGAACGAGAUUCAGGGGUUUGCGAGGGGCCGUGAGCUGGAGAUCAAGUGCCUGAUCGAGGGUGCAUAUGGUGUUAACCACCCGCUGCACCUGUACGAGACAGUAGUGCUGAUCGCCGGCGGUGUCGGCAUCACGACGAUUUUGCCGUAUCUGUGCGACUACAUGGAGCGCGCGCGCGGGUCGGAGCGGCGGACGAUGACACAGCGGUUGGUGUUCCUGUGGACGGCGAAGGAGGAGGAGCUGGUGGAGAAUCUGGUCGCGAAGCGGUUCCCGAGAGGGUGCUUGACGAGACGGGAUAUCAGCAUGCAGCUCUAUGUCACAAAGACGAAGCAGGGGCAGAAGGAGUUCUUGCCGGGCGUGAAGUAUAAGAGGCCGGAUAUCGGCGAGAUACUGAGGGCGGAGCAGGCGAGGCUGGUGGGGAAGAUGUCGAUCCUGUCGUGUGGGCCGUCGGUGCUGGUGGAUAUCGUGAGGACAGCGGUGGUGGACUGUCUGGAUAAGGAUAGGAAGCAUAUCGAGUACUUUGAGGAGAGUUACUGA